AUGGCUUCUUACAAUCCAAAAUCACUUACUUUCAAUCACACUUGUCUUCGUGUCAAGGAUCCAAAAGUCUCUGUUGAGUACUAUACAAAGAACUUUGGUUUGAAAUUGAUUCAUCAUCAACAAAUCCCAGAAUCGAAAUUUGAUUUAUAUUUCCUUUCUCAAAAUGAUGAAGGUGGGUCCCCUUUUAACAGAGAAGGUGUUUUAGAAUUGACCCAUAAUUAUGGUACUGAAAAUGAUCCAAACUACAAAGUUAGCAACGGUAAUGAAGAACCACAUAGAGGAUUUGGUCAUAUUUGUUUUUCAGUUGAUAAUAUUCAAAAAGCUAGUGAUGUUUUAUUAGCCAAUGGUGUUAAAUUCCAAAAAAAAUUGACUGAUGGUAGACAAAAGGAUAUUGCUUUUGCAUUGGAUCCUGAUGGAUACUGGGUUGAAUUGAUUGAAAAUGGGUUAGAUAAGAUUGAAAAUGAAACUAACACCAAUACUUAUAAGUUCAAUCAUACCAUGAUCAGAGUUAAAGAUCCUGUCAAAUCUUUGAAAUUUUAUCGUGAAGUUCUUGGUUUCAAAUUAUUAUCCACAAAAGAAGUUGAAGCUGCUAAAUUUACUCUGUACUUUUUAGCUUAUGAUCACUCAGACUCAUUCACUGAAAACUCAUUGGAAAAACAUGAACAAUCAAAGAGGGAAAGUGUCUUGGAAUUGACUCAUAACUGGGGUACUGAAAAUGAUCCAAAUUUCAAAUAUCACAAUGGUAAUGAACAACCUCAAGGUUAUGGUCAUAUUGGUAUCUCAUUAGAUAACCCAGGUGCAUUCUGUAAAGAAAUUGAAUCUAAAUAUGGCGAUGAAGUUACUUGGGGCUUGAAAUUUAACCAAGGUAAAAUGAAAAACAUUGCUUUUAUCAAAGAUCCAGAUAACUAUGCCAUUGAAAUUUUACCAGCAGAAUAUAACUUUUGA